AUUGGGCUUGCACUGGGGGAGAUUCCUGGUGUUUAUAGCAUUGCAGGAUGCAUUCUAGACAGGGUGAUGAUAAGGAGGAGGAAUAGGAGGCCCUCUGCUACUAGUGGUGGCCACAUAGCCAUGUGAUGAUGCUAUUGCUGGAGCAGCAGCUCAGGAGCAGCCUCCUUUCUUCUGUUUCAGGCUGUCAUGGCUACUGCCAGCAAUCUGACUCCCACAAAUUGCAGCUGGUGGCCUAUUUCUGCAUUAGAGAAUGAUGCAGGAAAAACCAAUGAAGGGGAAGAAGAUGCAGAAGCCUCAAAACCCAACCUCAAAGCCAAGGACAAGCUGGUUCUAUACCACUGGACACAGUCAUUCAGCUCCCAGAAGAUACGCUUGGUGAUUGCCGAAAAAGGCUUGCCAUGUGACGAGCGAGACGUCAGCCUGCCCCUGGCGGAACAGAAAGAGCCGUGGUUCAUGAGACUCAAUCUUGGGGAGGAAGUGCCGGUAGUAAUCCAUGGAGAUAACAUCAUAAGUGACUAUAACCAGAUCAUAGACUACAUCGAGAACAAUUUUGUCGGAGAACUUAUUCCACAGUUAAUACCAGAAGCUGGAAGCCUCCUCCACUCCAGGGUUCUUCAAUACAGAGAAACUCUAGAGAGCCUGCCAAUGGAUGCCUACACUCAUGGAUGUAUUCUUCACCCGGAGCUCACCAUAGAUUCUAUGAUCCCAAAGUACGCCACCGCUGAGAUUCGCCGCCACCUUGUUAAUGCCAACUCUGAGUUAUUGAAGCUUGACCAUGAAGAGUAUCAGCUAACAGAGCCAUACCUUUCCAAACACAAAAAGCUCAUGGCAAAAAUCCUAGAACAUGACAACGUAAACAACCUGAAGAAAAUCUUAAUUGAACUAGCUAUGGUCUUAGACCAGGUUGAGGCUGAGCUGGAGAAGAGGAAAAUUGAAUAUGAAGGCCGGAAAUGUGAGCUGUGGCUUUGUGGGAGCACCUUCACCUUAGCAGACAUCCUUCUGGGAGCCACGUUGCAUCGAUUCAAGUUCUUAGGACUUUCCAAAAAACACUGGGAAGAUGGGAGCAGACCAAACUUACAGUCCUAUUUUGAGAGAAUACAGAAGCGCUAUGCAUUCCGGAGAGUACUGGGAGACAUCCACACCACUCUCCUGUCAGCUGUUUUACCCAACGCAUUCCGCCUUGUCAAACGGAAACCGCCAUCUUUCUUCGGGGCAUCUUUCCUUAUGGGGUCACUAGGGGGGAUGGGAUAUUUUGCUUACUGGUAUUUAAAGAAGAAAUACAUCUAAUGACUAGCGUG